AUGGCCGCCCUGCGCUCCCUGCUGCGCUGGCGCCGCCGCCUGGGGCCCGCGCCCGGCGCUCCGCCGGCCCGGCGGCUCUGGGGCGGCGGGGCCGGGGCGGCCGGGCCGCGGCGGUGGCGGCGGGAGCUGGGCUGGGCGGCGGCGGGGGCGGCUCUCGCCGGGCUCGCGGGGUACCGGCUGUCCGAGCGGCGGCGGGAGCCCUCCCGGGAGCCGGCGGCCGCCGAGCCGGGCGGGGCCCGGGCGCUGCUCCCCAUCCCCGUGGCGGCCGCUGCCAAGGAGACGGCGACGAUUGCAGACAGCAGAUCAGACCUGGAAGAUUUGCACCUUUAUGCAACUCCGCGGGAGCAGCGGUUUCGUAGGUUUGCCAGUCUGGAAUUUGAAGGACAGCUGUACAUGACUCCCCACGACUUCAUCCAGGCUGUUACCAGUGAUGAACCCAAACAUGCUAAAAAGUGGCGAUCACUGUCAAAGCAGGAACUGAAUCAGAUCCUUAUGGAGACACCACCAGUUUGGAAAGGAUCAUCCAAACUUUUCCGUAAUCUUAAUGAGAAAGGUGUGAUAUCUUACACAGAAUAUUUAUUCCUCUUAUGUAUUUUAACAAAGCCACAUGCAGGUUUUCGAAUUGCUUUCAACAUGUUCGAUACUGAUGGCAAUGAAAUGGUGGACAAAAAGGAAUUCUUAGUGCUCCAAGAAAUCUUCAGGAAAAAAAAUGAGAAGAGAGAAAAAAGAGGAGAUGAAGAAAAACGUGCAAUGCUGCGUCUUCAACUUUAUGGAUAUCAUACUCCUACUAACAGUGUUCUUAAAACAGAAGGAGAGGACCUUGUCCCCAGGAGCUAUUGGGAUACUUUGAGGCGUAGCACAAGCCAAGCGCUCUUUUCAGACCUUGCGGAGCGUGCUGAUGAUUAUACAAGUUCACUGUCAGAUACUACACUGCUGGUACACUUUUUUGGCAAGAAAGGAAAAGCAGAACUGAACUUUGAAGAUUUUUAUAGAUUUAUGGAUAACCUGCAAACUGAGGUUCUAGAGAUAGAAUUCCUUUCCUACUCUAACGGGAUGAACACCAUCAGUGAGGAAGACUUUGCCCAUAUUCUCUUGAGGUAUACAAAUGUGGAAAAUACAUCAAGUUACCUAGAAAACAUGCGUGGCAGUAUUCCUGAAGAAAAGGGUAUCACAUUUGAAGAAUUUAGAUCAUUUUUUCAAUUCUUGAACAAUCUAGAAGACUUCACAAUUGCAAUGCAAAUGUAUAAUUUUGCAAGUCGUUCCAUAGGUCAAGAUGAAUUCAAGCGUGCUGUGUAUGUAGCCACAGGUGUGAAACUCUCGCCACAUUUGGUGAACACUGUGUUCAAGAUUUUUGAUGUCGACAGAGACGACCAGUUGAGCUAUAAAGAAUUUAUUGGCAUUAUGAAGGACAGACUCAAUCGAGGGUUUAGGGAGACUCCGAAGUAUGGUUGGAAGGAAUAUUACUCUUGUGUGAUGACUGUAACCAGUGAGCAUCUCAGAGAUCUGUGGAAGCAAUUUCGGAGACGAGAUAUGCUGAGAUAAAGGAAGAAAGCAGGAUUAUCUGCACUGGCUAAAAUUAUUUAUUCCCAUGAAUUCCUAACGAAGAACAAACUAACCCAGGUGAAUGGCGAAUCUCCCAGUUGCAGUAGAAAACACAGAACUUCUUUUCCACUUAGUGUAGUGAUCAUCGACUCUUAAAACUGCUUUUCAGUAUGGAUUUCAUUUAAUUGAUGAAUUAACUAUGCCAUGUGAGUGGGCAAAGCCUUCCUUUGUAAGAACACCUUUUGAAUAUUAUUUUUUAUUAUUUUGAGAUAAAUUUGUGAUUUAAAAGGAAACAAAAAUAAGUCUUACACCUGGGCAGGAAGAUGUUUGGCAGUGAAGAGAAACCGCCUGCAUCAGCUUAGACUGUGAAUUCACUUUCAGAUGAGCACUGUUAAAAGUUUGUGCUAAACUGAAAAUGAGACUACAUUAAGUAGCUUAACAAUUACACGUGAGUUGAAUGGACAAAUUGAAGUCUUAGAGGCUGUUAUUUUACAAGGAGUAAGCUGUUAUGGUUAUAAUGUGAAUGAUAGGUAUUUACCUAGGAAAAGUACUGUAUGAACUGCAAUGUUCAGAUUCUUCAAGUCUUAUGUUUAUGAAUUUAUCCUUUAAAAAAUAGUACAGAUUUUAAGAUGUCUUACAAGCAGUUUGUCAAAGACAAGUCAAAAUGUUCAAAUUCAUGUAGCACACACUUUGUAAUAUUUAUUAUAAAUUUUAUUGCCAUACACUGGUAUGUUUCAGGUAGAGUACAAAUUCAUGUGUUUAUUGUGAAUAGUGCACUUUUAAUGAAGUGGCACUGAAUAGAAGCUAUAGUUGUCUAAUUUGCUACUCUGGAAUGCUGUAUCUGAAAACUAGAUAAAUAGCUUGUGUUUGUGUCAAAGCAAAAACAAAACAAAACAUGAAUGCAUGCACAGUACAGAACAACACUAAGUAGUAUUAUUUGAAUAUUACUUGUUUGCUAUUCAGCAGCAGCAUAUUUCCUUACUCCCUAUUAACAUUAUUGUUAGGUAGUAGGAAUUAAAUCCUAGAACAAAUAUUUUUUACACCCUUCUUGAAGAGAUUUACUGGAUAUUGAAUAAAUCUGUAUCUGUUUAGGAAAAGACUGUGGCAUGAAAUGAUUCCAGCUGAGUACGCACACACUUGAGCUAAUGUCAACAAAUUGUCAUCAGAUGCAGAAAUAUUUGGUAAUCAGACAAUCAAAACAGAACUAAAAUAAUGCUUUUAGAUAUCUUACUACUCCAAAUCAUGAAAUAAAACUUUUUACAGUUUUAUUCAGUGCACAUGUUGCUCAAUUAUCAGCUUAAAUGUCAUGUGAAUAGAUGUAUGGUGUCUGUGUAACAGUGCACCUAAGUUUUGAAAUGCUUAAUUUAUAGUAACAUAUAUUUCUGGUAGAAAAAACAAAACAAAAUGAGAAGGAAGAUUUUUUUUAAGAAAUUCCACACUGAGAAUUGUAUAAAAUAAAAAAAAAAAAAAAUUGCUAAGUGUGGCUUUUAUCUGAAAAAAAAAAAAAAAAAAAAAUCAAAACCCAGGCCAGUUCAGAAAACUAUCAAAGGAUGAUACUUCAGUUAAUAUUUCAGUAUAAAUAAAUUCAAAAUUUCCACCUUGGUGUCCUUAAACUGUUGACAGCAAGAAAUAAAUCAAAUGAAUUGAGAUAAGUGUUCUUGAAUUGACAGAGCAGAACAGAGGUAAGCUGCAGUCCCUGAGUGAUCACCUGGGGAAUCAGCUGUAUUAUUCAGUGUAUUGUCUCGGUACGCAGAACUGUCUCACUGCUUCUUGUCAGCACGUGCAAAACCCAGUUUGCUACUUCAGUGGCAAAGGACAAAGAAGAGAGAAGAAAACAUUGGGAG